ACAUAAGGCCGACAAAAUGGCCUAAUCGAUAUUGACAUAAUGCGCUGCACCGAAAUAAGACCCGCGCCAUAAUCGCAUCUUUGGAAAAAGCAGGAACGCCGCCGCUGGCGUGUCGCUGGUAAAUAGCGUUGGCUGCUGCCGGAAGGCAGAUGUUAACGUCGUCGUCAGCCACCCUAAUCCCGUAUUGUCGAUUGGUCGGCGACGACGCGUCCGGUGACCCGGCGUCGAAUCAACGUCGCCGGUAUGCCUGGCGCCGCCCAGCACCCUUAUGCGCCUUUCACCCCUACGCCGUGGGUGGAGUCGACCAAUGACACAGUGGUAACGGCCGUCUGACAACGUGGCAUCCGGGAGCCGCCCCCGUAGUUGCCGAUGGCUAACUAGCGCUACCCUCGCUAUAGUCGAGUCAGCCACUCGGCCAGCAAGUCCCCGGGCCGAGUCUAGUCGCUAGCUCGCUGGAAUUCCCCACCCUAUUCUCCUCCGCCCUCGCCAACCCCGAGUUUCCCUCUCCGUUCCGCGACGUGUAGGCCAACGUGCCAACUACGGCGGCGGCGGCGGCGGUGGCGGAGGUGAAGAAGAGGUGUUACGCCGUGGAUUCGCGUGACGUAACCCCGGUAUACGCCAUCGCCGUGGCCUCGUCGCCGCGACUCGCGGUCGUUUAGGGAUUGGCGUCGGUGUGUUGGUUCGCGCUCGGCAACCAACCACCCCCGUCCACCUACCUGCCUAUCCUACCCUUUCCCGCAGCCUCCCUCUCGGAUACGGCGCUCCGCCAACCCCCUCGCGGACCCACCGCCGGACCAUGUCGACCGUAUCGGGGAACGACCCAUGAUUCUCCGUGAUGUGGCUACGGACAGGAGAGAUAGCUGCUUCGGCAGCCAGUCGGGCAACAACCCCUAUAUGCGCAUACACGGACGAAUAGACGCACACGUACACACAUACACACAGACGCAAUGUACACAUAGACACGGCGGCGAGUACGCGAGUACGCCCUUCCCAAUGAGGGGAGAGAGAGAGAGAGAUAGAGAUAGAUAUAGAUAGAUAGAGAGAGAAAGAGAAAGAGAGAGAGAUGAGUAGGUACGCCGAGGCUCGAAGCCACCCCGUCACGGAGAAUGCUUCGGGACUUCGCGCGACCUCCUCGGCGCCGCGUCGGGACCACGAGCUCGGCUGUACGUCGUUCACUGGCGAUGUUCGACUUUUGAGCAGCUGCGGAGGAGAUGGGCACAGGAGACAGAUUGCUUGACAUACUGUGUGAUGUAUGCGGUGACCGUAGUUCCGGAAAACACUACGGCAUCUACAGUUGCGACGGUUGUUCGGGAUUUUUCAAACGUAGCAUACACAGUAAUCGGGAGUACAUCUGCAAGGCACAAGGUGCGAAGAAAGGACGCUGCCCGAUUGACAAAACUCACAGGAAUCAAUGCCGUGCUUGUCGUCUCGCUAAGUGCUUUGAAGCUAACAUGAACAAGGACGCAGUACAACAUGAGCGCGGACCGAGGAAACCGAAACCACAUGCGAUUAUCUCGGAGAAGCAACAUCAGCAACAAUCACCGAUUGUUACGCAGCUAUCCCCCCAUUCUGCGACCCCAAUGCAUAAUGAUCGAUUAAGACCAGCACUCGCUCCUCCCUACGUCUUGUCACCGCACAGAAGGUUAAGAUGCGACCAAAGAUUCACGCCUUACCCACGACCGAUGGCGCUGGUACAGAAACCGCCGGAGGAAUCACCAUCCCCAGUGCCGCUGGUUCUACCGCACCCUCGCACGACCACGACCCUCUAUCAGGCGGCCACGACCGUCUCCCUAGCGCCGCAGCCUCCCCUCCUGCAGAUAUUAAUGUCCGCCGAGGAAUGUCAGGAAUUGGUUUGGAACGCGCGAUUGCAACCCACGUCGGAAUAUCCCAUGGAGCAGAUGGAGACGGAAACGAGUCAGAGUCCGACAGGCACCGUGCAGAGUUUCAGUCCGACCUGGGAGAUGCUGCAGCAUCCACCGUUUAUUACGCGGAUGUUGAUAACGCAGGAAACAACGGCCCGCCUGUUGUUCAUGGCUGUCAGAUGGGUGCGAUGUCUACCACCUUUCCAAACGAUAUCAAAGGACGACCAGCUGUUACUGUUGGAACGAUCCUGGACGCAACUGUUUCUUCUGCAUUUGGCGCAGUGGUCCAUUUCCUGGGACAUCACUGCGCUCCUCGAGGACGAGCAAGUGCGCGGUAGACUUCCCUCGGAUGACAAUCCGACGAAUCAAGAGCUCGUUCUUAUUCAGGCUAUAAUAUGUCGAUUUAGACAACUAUCCCCCGAUUUCGGCGAGUGCGGCUGCAUGAAGGCGGUGGCUUUGUUUACGCCAGAGACAGUGGGUCUACACGCGGUCCAGCCUAUUGAGAUACUGCAGGAUCAGGCGCAGCGUAUUUUAGUGGAUUACACGAGAUCGCGGUAUCCGCAGCAACCGGGCAGAAUUGGCAGGCUGAUGAUUCUGGUCGGAUACUUAAGGUGCGUCUCCUCCAAGACCGUUGAGCGUUUGUUCUUUCACGAAACUAUCGGGGAAAUACCGAUCUCGCGCCUGCUAGUCGAUAUGUACCAGAUGGAGAAAUACAUCAAUUGAAACGCGUCUUCGCACACACCGUAUUAUACAUGCCAUAAAUAUGUCAGGACCACCAAAGCUCGCAGCUUUCCAAAACUCUUCGGACUCUUUCACGUGUAGUAACGGCAGAAUAGAAUAAGAAAAGUUUUCGAAAUCUGUAGUGACCCAUAAGUUUUGUUUUUAGCCGGUUCGCCCUCGCGAUGUAGUAUAGCGUUGAUAUAGAAAAAUGGGAAAUGAUUACUUUAUUAUUUUAACAAAUCUAUCACGAAAUAAGAUUUCGACACCGCCACUGUUAAAGCAUUAAUCACAUUCCUGUUGAUUAUUUUUAUAGGAAAUUAGGUAUAAAGUGUUAGGUUUUUUCGUUUGUAGAAUUGUUUUUUAUGAAUUUUUUUCCUAUUCUUAAUAACAAUUAUAAGAUAGAUAAUAUAUAAUAUUUAUAAAUAUAUUCAGUAAAUCAGAAAAGAAGCUAAUGUGUCUCUUGCGAUGUUGAGCCCUUUAUUUGCAAAAGAUUUAUAUGUAUAUUACUUAUUAUUUAUAAUUUUUUUUAAUAAAAAUGAGCGGCGAACUAAGGUUGGCACAUCAAGCAUAAUUACUUGAAGCUAGUUAUUUGAUAUAUCCUCUUGGCAAUUACGCGAACCUUAGAAAGAGAUGGAUAAUCGAAUUACAUACACUUUUCGUUACAUAUCCCAGUGUUUUAUUUAUAUCGAUGUAGAUCGCAGAAAUCUUAUUGUUAGUGAUAAAAAGAUAUUUACUUUCCACCAGUAUAAUGUAAGAUAUAAAACCAUGAUAAAAAAUCUAUCUAUUAUUAAUCUUUUGACAAAUAUUGUUUAUACGUUUGUCUUUAUAUUCUUAUGUACUCCACAGAAAAUAAGGAACACUUUUCAGACGCUCAAACGCUUGGUUUUAAACCCUUUCAUGAAAAAUAGCGUUUACCAUCGGCAUUAGCGUAAAAAAUACGCCUUUUAAGCUUCAAAGUCGUGUAACUCGAUCAAAAAAAUUCUAAGAAAAUUUGAAAAAACGUAUUUUGUAGUUUUUGACACUUGUUAUAAAUUUUGCGAGAAGAAUUUUUUUAACGCGCUGCAGGGUUUUGAAUAGGUUGAGUACGUAAUUUUAAGAACAAAACAAUAUGUUCCUUUUUUAAGCUUAGAAAUGUAAAGAUAAAGUAUUUUAAAAAAACAGUAAAGCAUGUAAAGAUAGAAACUUCAAGCUUUAAAAUGCUUUUUUAAUUUUUUGCCUGCGAUAAUUCGUUACUGAGUUUUAAUCAUUUAAAAAAUGCUCGAUUUUGAGCGUCUGAAAAGUGUUUUCUAUUUUUAUGAAGUAGUAAAAUGAUAAUAAUUUAGUGUUCUAAAUCUAAAUUUUAUUUGUCGUAGAAAUUACUUUUUUUAGUUAUAUGUUUCUAACCAGUAUCUGAAAUAAUUAACGGAGUACAAUCGAUUGUAGAACCGUUUCAAAGAAAAGUGUGUUUGGGAAUGACGAAGAAAUAAUCGAUAAUCUAUAAUGUACCACACAUAUCACUGUGAUUCCCGCUGUGUAUCAAAUCGAUUUGUUAAAUAAUAAUUAUGCGUGGAAUGAACAUCGUAUAUGUUAUGUAUAUAACAGUGCAAAAAAAAUAUUUGGUAAGCUAUUCGGUAAAAAGAAUGUAAGCGAUGGAAGUAUCGCGAUACAACUAUUGUAACGUUGUAAAAACGCAGUGCGGUAUAUAAUAAUGGUGCUUUGAUUUUUUUUUAAUAUCUAUUGCUGCUAACAAAAGAUGAUAUUUAUUUAUAAAAGUCUACUUGAGUGCAGUGCGUUCUUAUCGCUGAAUAAAAUGAGGGAAAAAGAUAUAUCAUAAAGCGAAGCUUACGGUGAAGUUGUACUCCAUUACGUGCUUGUUAUAUUCUCAUAUUUUUUGUUAAUAAAAUUAUUAAAUUUGU